UUCAGUAAUAGGAGACUGGUUUUUACUUGCUGUUGUAAAAUGUCUUUGAAGGAUAUCUUGAAUCCGUCAACUUAACCAGUGCGUGCCCUUAGUGCCACCCUUCUAGUGUAUCUUGGGCAUGAUUCGUUGUUAUCAUGAGCGACCACAGGAUCUGUUGUCAGCAGUCCACAGAAGUGACAUUGAUUGGCUUGAAUCGAAUGUAAGGCACCUGAAUGUUGACUGGCAGACUUGUGUCCAUAGCAAAUCUGGGGAUACCGCUCUUCAUGUUGCAGCUCAAGCAGGAUGCACACAAGUGUUGGGGUGGUUGCUGUCAAAUGGAUGUGACUGUUGUUUAGAACAACAGAAUCUCGAUGGCAAACGACCCCUCCAUUCAGCAGUUCAAGCAUCUCAUUUACCCAUUGUCAAGAUAUUGCUAGAUCAUGGUGUCACAGUUGACCCUUUGAAACGAGCAGAUUGGACACCCCUUAUGUUGGCAUGUACAAAGAAGAACCUCCAAAUUGUGAAGUACCUCAUCAGUCAUGGUGCAAAUGUACGAUUGGUCAACAAGGAUGGUUGGACCAGCUUCCACUUGGCAUGCCGUGAAGGAACUGAGGCAGUCAUUCUUUAUUUACUAGAACUUGAUGGCUCUUUGUGGAAUACUGUUAGUAACAAUGGGAGAACUCCACUUCACACAGCAGCCAUGCAUGGUCGAAAGUCAACCAUUCAGCUGUUACUUUCAAGAGGUAAUUAUGCUGCAGAUGAAGCUGAUGCAUGUGGCAACACUCCACUAAUGGAAGCUCUUCGUAUGGGCCAUGUGGAAAUUGCAGAAAUGCUUAUUUCUGAUCACCAAGCUAGUCUUUUUGCAAAAGACAAAACAGGAAGAAUGGGGCUCCAUAUUGCAGCUGAAGCUGGCCAGUUAGAAGUUGUUCAACUUCUUAUGGAGAAGUACAGUGUUGACGUGAAUCUUCUGUCUGAUACAGGACUAACAGCUUUGCACUGUGCUGCAAAGGAAGGCCAGUUGAGUGUUGUAGAUGCUCUUUUGAAUAUGGGGUGUAAUAUUGAUACGCAAGAUGAGAAUGGUCGCACAGCUUUGUGGUUGGCUUGUGGUGGUCGUAAGUCAAUGUGCGUAAAAAAACUUUUGCAACUGGGAGCCCAGGAUAUUGCUGAUAACAAAGGUACUUUACCAUCUCAACUUAUGUCUUUUUGAUCCAAAAAAAUUUGACAUUGGCAUUUGAUGUAAAAUGAAAUUUGAUAUGUUUGGUUUUUUAAUCUAUGUUAGAUUGUCAUUGCUAGUAUAAAAAAAGUCAGUGGUAACAAUAUUUGAAAAUUUAUUAGUGAAUAAUGUGGUUCUCUUACAUAAGCGACAAAGACUUAAUGUGCUGUAUCUUGAUGAUUGGUAAAUAAUAUAAUGUGAUGUAAAGUCUGCAAUAAGUAGUCUUUAAUAUGAGUUUUUCUGUAGAGCAGCUAUUCUUGAGCAACCCAGGUUCUUUUGAAUAACAAAAUUUUUAUCAAUCAUUUCCAAAUUCAUGAAAAGAACUGGCCAGAAUUGAUUGACCUGAUCAACUAGUCUUCCUGUAUGUGUUGAUUUACUGCUUAAUUUGUAUCAUUGAAGUUUCAUAAGGUCAUAACCCUUACUAAUUUUCUGAGAAAAUUAGCAUAAUUUUAUCAUCGUGUAUAUAUGUUGAGGACCGUGUCCAUUUGAUAUUGUGAGUGCCUCAGUAAGGUCACUUGAAAUAAAGUUUUUUUAAACAUAGUCUAUGUUAAUUCACAAAAUAAAAAUUUAGAAAGAUAUUAAAAAGUUCAGUGUUUGACCUUGAAAUAUUUUGUAAUUCACAUGCAUUGGUGGUUUUGCAAAAGAACCUUGGCAAUGAAUGAAUUAGUGCAUAGAACAACUAAAAAUAAUUUUGAUUUCUCCAUGUACUAUGGUUCCUGUGCUCAUAUUUACACUUAUGUUGUUAUCAAGAAUCUUUAUUGUACCUUUACUUGUAGUGAGAUUCUGUAUUGUACCUUUACAAUUUUUUCUGCAUGUUGUGACUGUAUCCAUCAAAAGAUGUUUCUCCUGGUUUAAUUUCAUUAUAAAUCCAAUCUUAUGAAAACCUUUGGGACUUAAUUAUGUCAAGGUACCCUUGAAUAGUUUAGUAUGAAGGUUAGUUUUGUUUUUGACACAAACACCAAUUGUCAUGAGUAUCUGUUGUCAUGGCUAAAUUCACUUUCAGUAUUUGGAUCCUCACCCCCAUUUUGUUUUAGGAUGAGAAAUUUCAUUUUCAUUUGGGAAACAGGUUGGAUGGUGUGAUAAAACAUUUUUGUGCAAUAUCUAAAACAAAGCUUUACGUGGGUGACUGUUAUGUAGUUUUAGAUUGAAGUUGUUACGCAAUACUGGGCAGUUUGAAAUUCAUUGGUAAUAUUUGGGUUUGAUCCUCUGAACAGUUAAUAUUUUUUUAUAUAGUCUUACUUGGUUAUAUUAUUCCAAGAUAUUUCAUAUUUGUUGUUCAUGAUUAAUGCCUUUUUAUGACUUUGGUUGUUAAUUUUUUUUUUACAUAAUUUUAAUAAAAUUAUAUAAGGAAAACAGUUUUAUACAUGUAUUAAUGUAUUGGCAUAGUUAGUAAGAGUAAUUCCUUAGGUAAGAAAAAAUGCUUACUUAAUGUUGCAAUUUGAUUUGAGAGUUUGAGUUUAUAAUUAUAGAAUGAAAUAAAAAAUUUGCAAUUGUUAGUAAAUUCAACUUUCAGUGUGUUGGUCAGAUUUUAUGAUUCUGAUAAAUUUUCUAUCCAACAUUACUUAUUCAUUGCAGAAUCUCACAACAUAUUACCUUGGCAUUACUUGAUUCCUCGUAUGUUUUCCAUCAUGGUUUUCGAAGCAUGAAUUACCAAGUGUCAUAGACAGUAGUUGGAACACUUAUAGCUUUACUAGCAUGUCAGAAAUUCUGCAUGGUGUACCUGUAUGAUGCUCAUAUCAUAAGAAGGAUUAAGGAAUAUAAUUUUGCUACAUUUUGGUAAGUUUGCUUAACAUUGUAGUGGUACAGUACUAACAGUGCCUCUCUUCAUUAUUAGCAUGUUUUGCAAGAGCAGUUUAGAUAUAAGGCUGACAUGGUAACAUCUUUCCUCUUUAUGAUAGGAAUGUCUAUAAUCAUGCUUAUGUAUGUAUAUUUGUUUUUAUUUUUUUGGUAAAUUAGGUUUCCUUAGAGUUAUGUUUUAAAUAUUACACAAAAGUUCAUCUGAGAGCUUUCCGGUAAUAAGCAAAAUUCACAAUGAUAAUUUUCACAAUCCAGUGAAAUCAUAUCUGUCUACAUGUUCAUUUGUAAUUUACCUUUUGCAAUAGGAUUAGUAUUAAUGGCUUUUAUGAUUGUUCUUUUAAUUUUACUCUUGAAAUCAUUGCUACGAAGUUAUAUGAGAGUGUAUUUUUUCAUCUUCAGUGAAAUUUGAAUGUUAGUGCCUUGAUAUCCUUGUGUGAAUAUGUUGUUAUAAGUUAGAUGGCAGUGUAUGUGUGUUAAACAAGGUUGAAGUGUUUUGAAUUGAUGUACUAUAUGGAUACAUUUAAUUGUACAGAUGCUUAAGUAAUUUUGAAAUUUAAAGUGACACUUUUCAUUCUUAUGAUUUUGUAUAUGCAGUAGUACCUGAAAGUAACUUCUCAGCUUAUCAGAUCUUUUGGGGUUUGACCUGUCAAUAUGUUGCUGCAUAGCAAUCUUUUUGAUAAAUUGUGCAAACACUAAUUGAAAUUCACUUUUGCAGUACUUUGCCAGUACUUUUUUAUUGCCACAUAAUAAGACAAAGCAUCCCAGAAUCAUGGGAAAUGUAUAUACUAUUAUAUUUAGAUUUUAAACAAAUAAUGCAAAAUGUCACUUGCUCUUGACAACGGACUACCAGAAAUGUUUUGUCACUGCAUUUGUAUUGGAUAAACAGUAUUGGAUAAACAAACACUUUUUGCUGAAUUUUAUUUAUACAAUGCUUUACUUUUAUUAUCUUCCUGAUAGAGCUAAAAAAACAUUCCUGAUUUAUGAAAAACAUUCAUGUAUUUUGAUUUUACAUAUCAAAAAUAAACCAGAAUUUGUCACUUGUUUCUAAUCCCACCAUCCAGCAAAAAGACACUUUUAAUCGUGGAUUUCAAAGCUGAAAUGAAAGAUAGUGCUUGUGGAAUCAGUUGGCUAAUAACAAGGCAGUAUGUAUUCCUGUGACGUAGAUUUUCAGAUUUUCUCAAACAUUUUGCAGGGCUUGAAUUUUAAACAAGUCCAUGACAGUGGAUUUUUAUGCCUGAGAAGAGCCUUUAUUAGGCUCAUAGGUCUGGAUAAAUCCUUUAUAAUAAUAAUAUUAUAUACUGACAAAGAUUGACUGGGACGUUUUGUGAUAUGAGGGUAAAUGACUGGUCAGAUUCACGCCUAUUUAAUGCAGUCUCACAUAUGUAGCAGUUUUGUAUGUUAUCGGAAUAAACCAAAUAGUAGUGAGCUGCUUUGAGUGUACUUAUAGGUAGAAUGAAUUACAUCAUAAUAGGGUAAUAGUACUCAGAUAGAACCUUUGUUCUAUCCUCUGAUGGCAGUGUAAAUACAGAGUAAAUAGAAGUGCAAGUCAUGAAAACGUAAACAUUACUACUUUUCUGUAAACUAAAAUGUCAAGUUGGCUAUUUAUGAUAGUUAUAUAAUUUCUAAGAGUCCAUUGCUUGUAAUUUGUUAUGACUGCAAAGAACUAUUGUCUAGAUAAAAAAGGUCCAAAUUCAGGUUAUAUUUGCUCUUGUUUUGAAAAUGUUAAAGAGUAAGAGAGAUUUUGCAUUUAGGUUUUAGUCAGUUAAUACCUAGGAGUAGCUGCAUUUGUACAGCUUGAAUUUCCUUUGGAGGAAAAAUUCUAAAUAGCUUCCAUUAUGUUAUUUCUUAAUUGUCCAGUUUAUAAGCAAUGUAACCAUGUGAAAAUAUACUUGAAAUUUUUUAAUGUCAAGAAAGCACUGGACCCAGAAAAAGAACGUGUGCAAUAAAGAGAAAUUAUAAGCAAAGGUGAUUCUGUGCAAUAGAAGAAUAAUUCACUUGUAAAUCUUCACCAUUGUUCCAUUAAUUACGUAGCAAGUUUCUCAUGAACUUAAUGAUAAUAUAUGUCUUACUGAAUUUGAGCAGUGAACAUUGGUAUAAAUUGAUUGGUUUUGUCCAUGUUGCAAAUUUUGAUAAGUAAUGUUAAGUGAUAUAUAAAUAUGAAUAGAAUGAAUUGUAGAAUAUAUUUUUAUAAGGUAAUAAAUCAUCAUUCCCCCUUGAUGCAACAAUAUUGAUAAGGGAAUGUUUUGAAUGUUGAUAAUGCACUUUUUGUUUUUUCAUUGUGUUGUUCACAUAGUUGUAAAUGUAUUAAUUCACAAGCAAGUUUUUACUGAUAUACAUGUAUGUCUAAAGAUUGGAUCUCAGGGCAAAAGUGGAGUUGUAUGUGUCACUAGUGCCUAAAGACUGUUUUUAUGAUAAAUAUAUCUUAAAUUUUGUAUGCUUUUACAUAAACACAAAAAGUC